UGUUCCAUAGGCGUAAUUUUAUCUGCAAUAUAUAGAAAAGACAAGAAGAUAACAAUUCUAUAUGUAAUAUAAUAUGCGUCAGUCGAGAGAUUUAUGCACUGAAUUCCCCAGUAAUAUAUAAAUAUACAUAUACAGGAUAGUAGUUUAAUUUCUAAAUUAAGACAGUGACUGACUGACUGACUGACUGGUUUCAACAUAGCACUUUACACAGAUGUGCACUAGUUCGAGUCGCCACACUUCACUUAGCACACAAAGCAAGAAAGGGAAGUAAAAAGAAAUGCAAAACAGAGCUAUUAGGCAAGGCGAAUAGUAAUACAGAAGAACGAUAUAGUUUCAUUGGGUAUUAUAAGUCACACAAAAUGGAUACCUCUGUGCCAUCACUAAGAACGAUUUCGACCCAUAUCAACAAUUGUCUCCAGCCUUCAUUGGUGUUAACCAUCUUGAGGACCCAAAACAGGAAGUCGACACCAUCCUACAUGACUGACUUAAACUAACUGUUGUGGAUUUGAUUGACUGAUGAAGCCAUGUUUUGGUUUGAUCACCACUAACCAGCUCUUUUCCAGCCUGACCAAUCCUAUGCCAGCUAACAUUGCCCGUCGAGGACGGCGAUCGAUGGUUAGGCAUGUGUAACACAUGUCUCUAUCACAUGUCCUAAGCAUCUCAACAGGUCAUAGAUAUAGUUAACUCACCAUAUCAACAAAUCGCGAAGUGGCUAGCUGAUAUCCUCGAACCAGUUAAAAGACAUAUGACAAAAUAUAGCCUCAGAGAUACAUUUGACUUCAUCGACUCAGUGAAGAAUAUCAACGUGUCUGAAAGACAAAUGAUCUCAUUAGAUGUCGCCUCUCUAUUCACAAGUAUCCCCCUAACCGAAACAAUAUGCUUCAUUUGUGAGUACAUCGAAACCAACAACCUAGAAGUUCCUCUCCUCAUAAACUACCUGAAGGAACUUCUCAGAUGUACGUCCAAUAUCCAGUUCAAAUUCAAUGAGCAGUUCAAAGUACAGAAAGAUGGAGUAGCCAUGGGAUCUCCUCUUGGUCCACUCCUAGCCGACUGUUUCAUGGCGAGUCUCGAAAACAACAUCUUUGAUCCCUUGAUAUGUCAACUGCAUUUAUACAAGAGAUAUGUAGAUGAUACGUUUAUAAUCUGUGAUGAAAAAUGUGAUUUAGAUUCCCUCCUCAAAACCUUCAACGCAGAGCAUUCAUCAAUAAGAUUCACCUUAGAACGCGAAUCGAACAACUCAAUUCCAUUCCUCGAUGUACUACACACCAGAAGACACAACUGUACGAUCCAAAGGUCGAUAUACCGCAAGCCAACAUGGACUGGACACUUUAUCAACUUCCAGAACUUUGUUCCACUGAUCCGAAAGAGAAACCUGGAACGUACAUUGUGUUCAAGGAUUAGAAAAAUCUGCUCGGAAGACAUGGUAGAGAAAGCAUUAAAUUUAUUACGUGAAACCCUACUAGAGAAUGGGUAUCCACCAAGAUUUAUCGAAAAAAACAUGAAGGAAAAGCCUCCGGUAUCAAACAUCACAACGGUUCCUAAGAAGACUCUCCUCAUGAACCUAGCAUUCAAAGAUGAUAUCGCAGCGGAAAUUCUCAGAAACCGCCUUUCUAAAAGUCUGAAGAAGACAUUUCCAACAGCCACUCUACGCAUCACAUUUUCCUGCAAACAGUUAAUCCAGUCUAACGCUAAGGACAAGAUACCGCUUUUCACCACUUCAAUGUGUAUUUAUCAAUUUACUUGCUCGUGUGGAGCAAAGUAUAUCGGCCGUACGCAACGUCAAGUCCACAAACGUAUUCUGGAACACUGCCCAGCUUGGGUUUAGCCAGAGGAGAAAAGAAGAAUAGCAACAGCUCUAUCCUCGAACACUGUCAUCUCCGGACAUCGAGCACCCCCACAUGAAUGCUUCACAGUUGCACUUUUAGCAUUACGUAAUCAGAUGAAAAAGAGGUGAAAAUAUCCAGUUAUCAGGGCAUAGAAAGACUGAUAACUGUUUCGUUCUGAACGCACAAAUUAGGUUUCAGGCGCUUGAUGGAGAUGGCUUCAGUAAACUUGAGGAGAAUCGAACUCUUUUACCCAUUGAUAAUUUGUAACAUUCAACUUGAUUAUAAAGGUGAAAACAUUGCAUCAAUGGUCAACAUAAGACUGAGUACGUCAUUAGCCACAGCCUAUCCUGCAGCUAAGAUCGUUCCCGUCUAUCAAACAACUUGCUCUUCAGUGCAAUCAACAUUUGAUAGAUAUCCUAUUCAUGUUAACUCCAACUGUAUGUACAAAUUUACAUGUAUCUGCGGGAGCAGUUACAUUGGAAGAACAGAAAUAAGGGUAUAUCUACGAUAUUUACGAACGUGUACCAAAAAGCUUAUGUCUAAAGGGAGCAAAUGCUUUAAACAAUGCCAUCGCAAGGCACCCCCUUGAUACGGGUUGUGAGGUGGACGUCGCAAGAUCGUUCAAAAUUAUCAAUAGGUUAGAGAGUUCGAUUCUCUUUAAGUUUGCUGAAGAGAAUCGAACUCUUUUACCCAUUGAUAAUUUGUAACAUUCAACUUGAUUAUAAAGGUGAAAACAUUGCAUCAAUGGUCAACAUAAGACUGAGUACGUCAUUAGCCACAGCCUAUCCUGCAGCUAAGAUCGUUCCCGUCUAUCAAACAACUUGCUCUUCAGUGCAAUCAA